UCACUCAACAAAUAAACAAGUCUUUUCAUGUGUUUGCAAUAGCACCAACACUAACUUUUGGGUUCCUCUUCUCAAACACAACAAAAAUAAUUAGCACAUAUACAUAGCAUAGCAUCAAUGGAAGACAUCAACAUGAGUACUGAAGAAAUAACACUUCCUGGAUUCAGAUUUCACCCUACGGAAGAAGAACUCCUUGAUUUCUAUCUUAAAAAUAUGGUUAUUGGCAAGAAACUUCGUUACGAUGUCAUCGGUUUUCUCAACAUCUAUCACCAUGAUCCUUGUGACUUGCCAGGUUUGUCUAAGGUUGGUGAAAGAGAAUGGUAUUUCUUUGUGCCAAGGGACAAAAAACAUGGUAGUGGAGGAAGGCCUAACCGCACAACUGAAAAAGGGUUCUGGAAAGCAACCGGUUCGGACCGAAAAAUCGUGACGUUGUCCGAUCCGAAGCGGAUCAUCGGGUUGAGGAAGACGUUGGUUUUCUAUGAGGGAAGAGCUCCACGAGGAAGCAAGACCGAUUGGGUCAUGAAUGAGUAUCGUUUACCUGACAAUAGCCCCUUGCCUAAGGACAUAGUGUUGUGCAAGAUAUAUAGAAAGGCAACUUCGUUGAAAGUGCUUGAACAAAGAGCAGCAGAAGAAGAAGAGAUGAAACAAAUGGUGGUUGGUUCUCCUACAUCCCCACCUUCCUCUACGGACACAAUCUCCUUUAACUACACACAACAAGACCAACACGUGCCGAUACCGUUAUUGUUCCAACAAGUUAUUCCUAAGAAAGAAUCUCAACACGAAAUUGAACCAAAAACAAAAACAGAAACUCAUAACAUGGUUUCUGAGGCCAUUAUGACAGAGAAACCAUGUUAUGAAAAAACGAUCACUCAGAUGAAAGAUAAUAAUAACAAAAAGGCUUGUGGAACAUCCUUGCAAUUGCCAUUAGGGAAGGACAAUGUUCCUGAGUUACAGUUACCUAUGGUAACGGAUUGGACUCAAGAUACCUUUUGGACUCAGCUUAACAGUCCUUGGCUACAAAACUGGACUGCUUACUCCAACAUCCUCAAUUUCUAGUUAAUUACAUUAAUCAACAAAACAAGUUUAAUUAUUGUUGUUUGUUUGGGAAUUUAUGUAUAUUAAGUCAUUUAAUUCAUAACAUAAAUCAUAGUACUACUAGCUAGUAGAUGAAUUAAUUAGGCAGGAAUGAAGUCUAAUAUUUCAUGUAAUGUAAGUUCUGCCUAGGAAACUUGACAAUUCUACCCUGCUCUUUGAUGAUGUAAUAAUGAAGUUCCAAUUCCUCAAUGAAUUAGAAUUACUACUUUGUCUCUUUUCAUAAAAA